GCAAGUACCUAACGUCACUAAACUAUCAACAAUAUGUACAGUCAUUUCAGUGUCAUUCUGUUAUGUCUUUCCGGAGUUUAUUGCAUAUCGUCUAGGAUUGACAAUUUAGAAUGGGAAGAACUAAAAAUAAUGUUGAACCGCCAAACUCUCAUUGAGGAAUGGGACAUAACUAUGGACCAAUAUAUACUUAAAGAAAAUGAUGACGGCUCAAAAACCCCUUUUCACGUUGGGACCGCUGUGGAAGAAUUUGCGCAAAAGGUGGAAGCUGACCAAAGUGCUCUGGAAAAAUUCGGAUCUAUCCGCGACACAAUCAAAACAGCAUAUCAAUGCACGUUAGCAAAGUACACAAGUCUUGCCAAUUUCUUGAUAGUACAGGACAUAUUUAACGUCAGAAGACAGACAAACGAUGCUAUAUAUUAUGUAUCACAUAAUCAGAUGAACCUCCAGUUAUCAGGAGCGCUUACAGAUAACUUAUUUAGAGCCAAAUUUCAUCAGUUCAGCGAGGGGUGCUAUCACUUGGACUUUGACGUUAAUGUUGAAGCAGAUCGAUUUAACAUACUCACUACACAUGCUUAUGGCACAAAGAAAAAGAAGGAAAUUCACAAUAUAUUUUUCGACUUGAUCAGAAAAGAGCUUGGUGUGAAUAUCAGACACAAAACCUAUCCGGAUGUAAUGAAAGCGAAACUUGCAAACAAAUAUAACAAAGACCGUGUCGAAACUCUCAACAAAUUAAUUUGUGUUCUCAACGAGUCGAUUAUGUUGCUCGACAAUUUCAUCGUAGACAAGUGCGUAGAACACGAGGGCAAUUUUGUAAAAAAUUUCGAAUCUCUCCAACAUGGCGUCACGGGAGAUUUAAUGUGGCUUUUAGAGUAUUACGAUAAACGGAAGGACAAAAGCGCUGUUGAAUUGUACAGUGAUUUUACAAACUCGGUUCUGCCAGGAACUCAACCAAUAAGGGCUUCGGGCUGCUUCGUAGAGAAUAUAGAAAUCAAAGUUGCUGGUUUAGAAUGGAAUUUGCCAAACAAUGACAUCCCGACAAUUUAUGGCCCAACCGCAUACCGACAAACCGAAACUAAUUACAAAAUUAUACCAACCACCAAUCCGUCGCCAGGCGGGACCAAUGUAGCUAUGGUAUUGUUUCGCGAUCCAAACACUUCGUUUGAAAAUAUGUAUCGACCCAGCAGUUCUAGAGGCUGAGUCGAUAACGACAUUAAUAAUAUAAUCAUAGACUAUUGUCCAGUGAUGUAAAGAG